AAACAAAUUUGUCGCUUACUCACACCAUUGCAAUAGGCCUUUGAUAGCCUGGUGUGAUCCAGCCGUGUUUUGUAACCAGCCUCUUUGAGCUGACAGCGCGGUGGUCAGCCUGUCCCCGAAAACAUGCCGCCACAGACGUCUUUUGGCUUGCAAGACCCUCAUUACUUCCUGGGCCGUGGGGAGAUCCUUUCAUGGGUCAACGACACGCUCAGCCUGCGACUUAAUAAAGUUGAGGAGACAUGCAAUGGUGCCGUCGCAUGUCAGUUACUGGACGUCCUGCACCCAGGGGUCGUGCCAAUGGCUAAGGUGGACUUCAACGCCAACAACGAGUACCAAAUGAUCAACAACUACAAGGUAUUACAGGACUGCUUCAACAAGCUUAAGAUUGACAAGUAUGUUGAGGUCGCCCGGUUGGUGAAGGGACGCCCACUUGACAACAUGGAGUUUAUGCAGUGGUUCAAGGCAUACUGGGACCAGGUUACGAUGGGGCAGCCCAUGCCGCCUUACGACGGCCCUGGCCGCCGGGCGCUUUGCAAGACUGGCGACAUGAAGGCCAGCUCCGCAGGGUCAAAAGGUGCAGCUGGCGGUAUUAAGGCUGCACCCGUUUCCGCACCACGGGCCGCACCUGCGGCAGCCCCACGACCAGCUGCCAGUAACAAAACCGCCAGUCCCGGAGACCGGGACCAAAUGGACAAGCUAAAUCACCAGCUUGAGGAUUUGCGGAUAAAGGCUGACGGCUUUGAGAAAGAGAAAGAGUUCUAUUACUCCAAGUUGCGGGAUGUGGAGCUGCUAUGUCAGACGCCGGUGAUCUCCGACAUGCCGAUUAUGAAGCGUGUACAGGAAAUUUUGUACGCUGCAACGUCUGAGGAUGGCGCGCGUAUUGUGCGGGAAACGCAAAUUGAGUUUGCCGGUCGAGAGUACAGCGAGGAGGAGCUAUCGGCGCAGGACAGUUGAUAUACGCAACGCUGUUGAGCUUGCUGACCUACGUGCAGUGUUACUUAUCGAACUGGGCGAUCAUUUCGACCCGUGCAGUUUGAACUUGAACGUAGGUCCGCAGGAGGUUCAUGACAAUGAAUGUGCAUGGUGGGGGCAGUGAGCAGUAAGCAUUUACAAAUCGUGUUUCAUCAGGUGUACUACACCUCUAUGUGUUCCGCAGAGUGCAUAACAUGACUUCAAGGUCAUGCGCUAUGACAUAAUCGUCGACAUUUAGCACAUGAUAUUUAAUCAACACUCCCAUUC